AUGAAAAGAAAAUUAGUAAGGAAACAAACUGUUGUUCUCGGGUGCGAGACCCCAAAUCCUUUUAAAGUUUCUUCUAGGUUGGUAGCUGAAUGUGGCGCUAAACUACAAAGCACUGAAAAAGGAUCUUUUCUUUGCAUUGUGUGGUUACAUAAGUUGGGAGCAGACCAGUCGAGUGAUACUUGCCUUUAUCAUGAGAAGGACGAUAUGUAUUCUCUUGCUCUUGAAGCUUCAGAGAGCAAGAAAUAUUUGUUUGUUGGUUCUGAAAGCAAAAUUACGAGGUUCGUGUUCUAUCUUGAUGUUUCCAAGCCCGAAGAACUGAGGGUUUUGACACCUCGUGUAGUAGGCAUUGAUACAUCAGUCAGUCAUCGAGGAAAUCAUUUCUUUAUAAGGAGGAGAAGUGAUGAAUUCUUCAAUUCAGAACUACUAGCAUGUCCUGUGGAUAAUACAUCUGAAACUACGGUUCUUAUUCCACACAGGGAAAGCGUAAAAAUUCAGGACAUACAACUUUUUGCUGACCAUCUUGUUGUGUAUGAGCGUGAAGUGGGUUUGCCGAAAAUUACCACAUAUCGUCUUCCUGCUGUUGAAGAGCCACUCAUAAGCCUUCAAGGUGGCUCGUCUGUUGAGUUUAUUGACCCUAUAUACUCAAUCGACCCAUUAGAAUCACAAUUUUCUUCCAGUAUUUUGCGGUUUUGGUAUAGCUCAUUGAAGACACCUCCCUCUGUAUAUGAUUAUGAUAUGAAUACAGGGACUUCUGCUUUGAAGAAGCUUGAAACAGUCUUGGGGGGUUUUGAUGCAUCAAAUUAUGUUACUGAAAGGAAGUGGGCCACUGCUUCAGAUGGCACCCAGAUUCCUUUAUCCAUUGUUUAUCGGAAGAAUCUUGUGAAGCUGGAUGGUUCGGAUCCAUUACUACUUUAUGGCUAUGGCUCAUAUGAGAGGUGUCUGACUGGGUAUCCACAGUAG